UUUAAGCGUAUACGUCGUGACGGCUAUUUGGCUACUCUUAAGAUCCUACUGUCUCGCAUAUUCGAGUCUAGCGUUUAGUACAUCAGAUCCCUCCGCAGAUGUGUCGCCACAGGAAAACAUGGAAAGAAGACUGAGCUGUCUAGAAAGAGUCGCCCCAACUAAGCCAUUCAAAAGCUGGUGGUUGUCGAUCCAGACGAUACGAUCCCCCUUGAAACAGUCGGAUCAUAUAUUCACCUGUUCUAUCUGUCUUGAAAAGGUCCGCAAAAAGGACCCUAUCCACACCCUUCAAUGUCGCCACGUAUUUCAUCGACAGUGUCUGGAAAAUUGGUUCUUGGGCUACCAUAACCAAUGCCCGAUAUGUAAAAAGCCCUUCUUUGAAGAGCUCGAUAUGGAUCCGGAGGAUGCAGUGUAGGGCUACCUUGGAUUCUGAAGGUCGGUUUCUUUGUUUCUUUAGCAUCCUAUUACCUAACGUGAACACCCAGUGGUUGUCUUAUUGCAUAUUUUAUAAGCGUGGAGUUGCGCGGCACUCGUGGGUUUUACUGGGAGUGGACUUUGACACUAAGAGUUCC